UUCUGCGGCACGAUUGUGCUGAUUUUUAUCCUGGAGUUAGUCGUGGCCGUGCUGGCCUUCUUGUUCCAGGACUGGGUGAGGGACCAGGUCGAGACCUUCUUCAAGAACAACAUCAAGUCGUACCGAGAUGACAUCGACCUGCAGAACCUCAUAGAUUCUUUGCAGAAAAUAAACCAAUGCUGCGGCGCCCAGGACCCCAACGACUGGGACUUGAACAUCUACUUCAACUGCAGCAGCAACAGCAAAAGCCGGGAGCGGUGCGGGGUCCCUUUUUCCUGCUGUAUCCCCGACCCAGCG